AUGGCGGAUACCCCCACUCGAACCCAACAGUUUCCUCGGGUUGUUUUCGUCACGAUCAACUUCAACGGCGGUGGAGUCGCCGGAGACGACAGUAAAUCCGGAAAGGCACCUGCUUCGAAAGCUUCGAUCGAAGCAAUGCCGAGGAUUAAAGUGAAAGAGAGCGGCGGCGAUUGUAGUAUUUGUUUGGAAGAGUUCGAAGUUGACGAAGAAGCUAGGGAGAUGCCAUGUAAGAACGUUUUUCAUUCGGGUUGUAUCGAGAAGUGGUUGCAGAUCCAUGGAUCGUGUCCGGCCUGUCGGUUUUUUAUGCCCGCCGCCGAGACGGCUGAAACCAACGGAGGUGAAGGUGGUCGGAGGAGAUUGGAAGGUGGUGAGAAUAUUAAUGGUUUGGAUGUUUUCGAAUCGUUUUUGGCUUUGGCUAGCUUCAUGGGUAUGAUGGGUUCGGGUUGGGUUUUCCAUCAACCUAAUUCGGGUUGGGUAAAUGAUAAUAUGUCUUCCAAUCAAAACAUGGACCGCAAUUGA